UUCUAUUCAUGGUCAGAAACCUGAACCUCAACCUGACAGGCAUGACGCCGAGCCGACCUCCCAUUUUUGGGGCUCAAUGUCCCCCUUCUUCCCAGUGCCAUCAGAGAUCGACCCCACGACGCCCUCCAGAUGCAAGAUCACAUUCGUACAGAUCCUGGAACGGCACGGCGCACGAAACCCCAACGCUGGGAAUACAAGGACGUAUAAGGCGCUUAUUCAGCGUAUCCAAGAUGUUGUUACCCACUACAGCAAGGGCUUCGAGUUUAUCAAGACGUACAAAUAUAACUUUGUUCCAGGCCAGCUUACACCCUUCGGCCAGCGGGAGUGUUACGACUCUGGGAUGUCAUUUUAUAGACGCUACGAGGCCCUUGCCGCCAAAAACGAUCCAUUCAUUAGAGCCGCUGGCCAGGACCGCGUGAUCGAGUCUGGUGAAAAAUGGGCCCAAGGUUUCUAUCAUUCCAAGAAAGGCAACGGCCACGAGCCAAUGAACGAAAGCCAAAUUAAGAAGCUCAUCCACAUUAUUCCUCAAACAGAGGGCUUUAACAACACGCUGAGCAAGGGCGGGUGUCCCGCCUUCGACAAGGACUACGCCACUCUUGGCAAGCAAGCGCAGGCUCCGUGGCUCAAGAAAUUUACACAGCCAAUCGCAACACGGCUCAACAAGAUGCUGCCUGGGGCGCAUCUAACGGAUAACGACAUCGUUCACUUAAUGCAGCUGUGCCCAGUAAACACAGUAGUCGAUGGCAUUCAUUCGCAGUUUUGUAACCUAUUUACACUAGAGGAGUGGAAGGACUAUGAUUACUACGAUACAUUAGCCAGAUACUACAGCUUUCAUGCGGGUAACCCACUGGGACCAACGCAGGGGGUAGGCUAUACCAACGAGCUUAUUGCACGAUUGACGCGGCAGCCGGUAGUGGACCAUACGUCCACUAAUUCAACCCUAACCGGAGACCCUAACGAGUUCCCACUUGAUAGAAAUUUGUAUGCUGACUUUAGUCAUGAUAGUAAUAUGGUGUCUGUCUAUGGAGCACUAGGGUUGUAUAACGAACUGCAUUCACUAAGUAAGACAAGGAGGAUGUCGACUGCAGAGACGGGGGGAUUUACAGCCAGUUGGAUGGUGCCAUUUGCAGGACGCAUGUAUGUGGAGAAGAUGAAGUGCGACGGCACGGACGAGGAAAUGGUUCGGGUUCUGGUCAACGACCGGGUGGUGCCGCUGUCCGGGUGUGGCGCCGACAAGCUCGGCCGGUGCAAGCUAGGGCGAUUUGUAGAGAGUUUGGGGUUUGCGAGGCGUGGAGGACUCUGGCAUGAAUGCUUUGACUGA